CUGGCAGAGGGGCUUCCGCAUCCGCCGUCCGCCGUACGCACCGGUAGAAUAUUUUAACGAAAUUAUUAUUAUUAUUAUUAUUAUUGUCAUUAGUUCGGUCGGUUCGGCGUUUCGUUUCGGGAACGCGUUGAACAAUCCGGAAUAACGUCGAAGAAUACUGUAUCGGUUUUAGUUUUUUUUUUUUUUUCUUUUUCCUUCACAUUUUGCGUUUUGCGAUUUUUUUUUUUUACCGCUCGGAUAUAUUUCGCGGCUGUUGGACCGCGCGCGCCGGAAAUACCGACAAUAGCGCCGGGGACAUGUCGUCGCAAUUGUCGCGGGCGUUCGUCUUGUGGCGUUUCACUGCCGUGGUCGUGUUCAACAAACUGGCGAAAUAUCUGUCCAGGAUCGUCGUAAGACAAACAUAUUAUUAUUAUUAUUUUUUUUUUUGUUUUCUUAUCUUGAUAUUCGCCGUUUUAUUGCGCGCGACCCGCGCAAUUGACCUUUCCAUGUCCGAUAAUUUAGCUGCCGGUACAAAAUAUACGAGCGACAUAAUUUCGCGUUUUAAUUUAUCUAUAAUCCGCUACUACUGGAUAUUUUGACUGUCGAUAUUUAACGUUUUUUUUUUUUUUGUUUACAUUCAAGAAAUCCGCCGUAUUGGUGCGGGCGGGCCUCCCUAUCGGGGAGAAAAUGUUUGCAUUUGUUUUUUAAUAAUAUCUUUAAACGACAUAAUCGACCAUGUUCCCAUUAAUUUGUUAGAGAGUAUACAACAACAUCCUGUGCCCUUUACAUGCGGGGUAGGAUAUUUAAGUAUAUCGUAUCUUUCUCGUUAUGGUUUAUAAUGUUUAUAGAGAAAUAUAAUAUAUUAAAUGCACAAAAAUGAAAUAGAACAAUCAUACGGUUUUUAAAAUAUUUAAAAUAAAAUAAAACAGUUGCCGUUUUAAUAAAAUGCUUUUACUGUUGAUGGAUGUGCCGUUGUUUUAGGAGAGAAGUUUUAAAGGAACAUAAUAUAUAGAGUAAUUUAAUUUGUAUCUGCCAGUUGUUCGCAUUUAUUAAGAUAUGUUCGACAAAUGUUAGACUUACUGAAAAUUAAAAUUUCUCAAGUCAUCGUGAUUAAAUGACUCGGGCCGUUUAGAAAGUCUUAUUUAUAGGUUAAGUUAGUAAACAAAUAUGUCAUUAUAUCAUUUAACAAUUUUCAAAAUUCAAUUUACUCGCAUUGAAAACAAUACAAAAUUGAUUUGAGCCCUUCUUUCUUGUGGUUAUAAUGAAAUAUGGAGUGCCAAAAUCACGCGCGUCUUCAUGUACCGUUGGCAAAUUUCACGCGAUCGCCACAUACAACAACAUUAAUAGUAUCAUUAGUACCUGUGGCAUUGACACCGUUGUUUUUUUUUUUUAAUAAACGGACGAGGUCCAAUUGACAAAUAUGAUUCAACAUAAUUAUAUACAACUAUUAUAACAGAUAAAAUGUGUAAUAUGAUACUGGAAAGUGGACGGAAGCCGUAUUAUAUACUACAGUGUGGGUAUAAAUUAGGGUGACCAUGUUUAAAAAAAUUAAAAACAAGACAAAAUAAUUUCAUUAAUACAUUCAAAGUAGGUAGUAUUUAUUAACUAUUAUGUUAUUUUUUGUCAAUUUUUCAUUGUUAUUCUAAUUAAAUAAAAUAAUAAUUAAUACGGAAUAAUAAAUUGGCAUUGACAUAAAAAAUAAGACAAAAAGCGUCCUGAAAGACGUUUGUCAGGACAACAGAACACAAAGUUAAAAAAAAAGGACAAUUUUGCAUAAAACAGGACAUAUGGUCACCCCAGAAUAAAUAAUACUCUUAGAUAUAUUUUUUUUUAAAUUUAAUUUCAAUAACUUUUAAUAAUUAAAAAAAAAAAAAAUACAAGUAGGUAGAUAAUUAUUAUAGAUUUAACACCUAGCAUUUAUAAAAUGUAAAUGAUAAAAAAAAAUAUUACCGUCGUAAAAACCACAAAUUUAGCGGGUUGGUUUAAUAUUUGUGUCGUUUUUUUUAGUAAUAAAAUAUUAAGACACAUUAGUCUCCCUUUUCCGGAACAUUUUUUUGAACAAAUAAAACAGUAGGUUUUAUAAUAAUAUACUCAGUGCUUGUAUGGAGGAACAAUUCGAUGGACGCUGCAGGUUUUAGUUUAGAGACCAUCUGCUAUGGAGUACCUAAAAGAUACCUAAAUGUUUUCAGAAAGUUAUGGGGGACUUAUAAAAGACACUAAGUAUAAUAUUGGCAGAAAAAAAAAUUGAUUUCUCGGUUGAUUUUUGGCUUUUGGGUUUGGGAAACGCGGUCGAAAAAUAUAGGAAAAUUGACAAAUUAUAACCGCGGAUUCCUUGUCUGUUGUCUGUGAUGCAUAUGAAAUAAAGUUAUAUGAAACACGUUUUUCGAUAUAACGAUAUUUUUUCCCCCAGUUCCAAUACCUUGUGAAGAUUAGUAACCUGCAGCAAAUUUUAAUUUUGGAUAACAAUAAUAAUUAACAGCUGCGCUCAGUCGCGAAUUGAAGGGAAAAUGCCGUGUCAGAAUAUUAGUUUUAUUCCGUUAGUUUAAGCACAUUAUUAGAUGCACAUACAAAUGUAAUUUAUAUUUAUUCAAUAGAUCUUAAUGUGUGACAGCAUAAUAUCAAUCAUCAUUAUAGUAGUAUGAGCAAAAAGUUAAUACGUUUAUAAAUAAAUAGAUAUAAUUAAUAAUAAUGUAGGUAUAGGUAUGUGAAAAACCAAAUUAAUUAUAAAUUACGAUAAUUGUUUUUUUUUUAUGUUUUGACCAGGUCGGACAUUUUUUACUUGUCCGGCCGUUAAAUCUACCACCGGCUGUGCUGUACAAAUUCUUGGCGUUUCAGAGCUAAUUAAAUGAAAUAGUACCUACGUUAAAAUGUAUGAAAAAAUGAAAGCGGACUCCGUUCACGUUCACCUUUCCCCCAAUUCGAGCAUUGCAACUAUACCUAUGUAAUAAACGCUUCAUAAUGCAACCCGUAAAAACUGAGACGAAAACGUUUUCAUAGUUAUUAAAAAAUUUAAUUAUAUUAUCAAAAACAUUGUAAAAAAAAAAACACGUACUAGAACGAAAACAUCGGAUGAUGCAUAUGAAUAGUUUUUAUGGUAUAACGCCUAUGAAAAUGUACUGACGGUAUAAGAUAAACUUUAGUUUAUUAGUUUACCAAUGUUUAUUCAAGUGUUUUUAUCUCAGUUUUAUCAGUUUUCGAAUCGAGACUUGGUCGCCAAAGCUUUAUAUGGUUAUUACCUAUAAAAACUUUCCGAGGUUUAUUAUUUACUAUAGGUAGUAGAAUUAGGUUAGGGAAUUUUCUAGUGAAUGUUCACUGCGGUUUUGCUUCCCUUCCCUCAAAAAAAAUUCCACAAGCAGGUAAAACAAAUUUGUCUCUUUACUUAUUGAUUCUCCCCGGAUAUACUUUCAGUGAAAAUAUUUACCAUGGAAAAUUACAUGUUAAGAAAAUUACUAACUCAAUAAUUGACCAUUUAUUUUCUACUGGUCGUGUUUUUUGUCGGAUGAUUUUAUUGUGUAUGUAUCGAUAAAAAUGUAUUCGUAAAAGUUUCCGUAAUCAAAAAGAUGAAACCAAAAACGAAAAAAAAAAUAAGAAAAUAACAUAAUUUUUAGGUAACUUUUUGUAUAUAAAUUGAAUAAUUUGUUAAUAUUAUUGGCGACAUGUCAUGUGUAUUACAGAGAAUAAUUGACAAAGCGAAUCACUGUCAGCGUUCAUUGUGCAGUUAUUAUCGACUAUUGACAAAGAGAUAAUGACGGGUAUCUAUCACGGGAUGUGUUAAACGCAAUGUGCCCUUGGAGGACAUGCCAAAAGUUCUAAUUUAUCACCUUCGUCGUCCGCUGCUCGGCGGUCAAUAUUUGUAUUCGUAUAAAUGUAAACUCGAAAUAGUCAGAAUAGGUAGCCAUGGCCUGGGUCAAUUUUUUAUUUUCCAACGACCGAGGAAUUCGGAAAAAAAGAUCCCUUACUAUAUAUAGCAUAUCUCCGAAAGUUCGGAAUGGACGUUUCGAUAUUUUCGCUCGGACGUACGUAUACCUAUAUUUCCUGCAAGCGAUUUAUGUACGGGUUUUUGAAGGAGGCGUCCGACUGUGAAUUAAAAAAAAAAAAAAAAUAACAAUAAAAAAUGACGGGACUCUUUCUAUUGUUGUGUAACACGUGUAUCUUGUUCCGUACCCGAUGUAUUCACACCGUAGACUAUAACCCAUCAUAUGGGUAAUAAGCUCGCUGUGCUGAGACUUUACAGAUCGGGAUUUAAAGUGUUAAAAUUAACAAAAUAUACCUGGCAUAACGCGGACAUAGACUGAACCACUACAGGUCACCUAGAAAUAUUUGCUCUUUCAUAAUAUAGUAGUCGACUUUUAUUCAUUUUCAUUAAAAUGUUAUAUUUCUAUUGUGUAUGAAUUGUAGAUUUUGUACUCGUUUUUGAGAUGUUGGCGCCUUUGGCCUGAACUAGUCUUGUCAAAAUCUAUAACUACGUUUCUGUACACAAAUUUAUAUCGAUGAUAUUAUAUUAUUGUGUACUUGUGAGUAUGUAGCUUGUGAAUUAUGAGUAUCGUUAUGAUAUGCAUAAGGUGCAGUCAAAGUCAAUCGAUAAACACGAGAAAAAAUGAUUUAUUUGCUAAUCUCAAUGAGGCAAUGACAAUACGCGUAAUACUAAUUUGUAUUCGCUAUGUUUACUCGAUUACUCCAUCAUAAUAGUAUAAUAACGCGACGAAGGGAAAAAUAAUGUAUACUACUACUAUUAUCAAACAAUAAUACAAAUAGCUAUACUACACAAUAUAACCUAUACUUGUAUUUUUAUUUGAUACUUUGGUUACAUGUAUAAUAUACACAUUGCUGAGUAUAAUACAAAAUUCGCACCCGCACACCGCACGAAUAUAAUAUUUAUUAAUUCUUUUUUGUGACGUUUGUUAUAAUAUAAUAAUACAAAUUUACAAUAGAGGUUAUGUUAAAAAAUAUACCUAUAUAUAUAUAUACGUACCUAAUAUAUUAAAAUUAUAUUAUUUUAUCCAGACAAUAUUUUUUUGUAAUUGUGUUGCGAUGCGAGAACACGACUGAAUGUAUUCAACAAAAUAAAUGUUAACAUGAUAUUGUUAAAUAAAAUUAGAUUUGCGUUGUAUGUAAUAAAUUAUUUUAUAAGCGACGGAUUGCAAUUCGUGCAUUUCCCGAAGCUACUUCAAGGAGGGGUGAACAAAAAAAAAAAAAUUGAAUAAUAUUAUGCUGAAAUUGAUUUUACAAAAAAUAAUCUAUAACAAAUAUUUGUUGAGUGGAUUUUUAGUAUUUUAUAAUGCUAUGAAAAAAGCAUUAGGGGUCGAUGACCGUCAGAAAUAUUUCCGUAUCUUGUCUAGCCGGUCACAAUACGCGAUUACUUUUAAACUAAAGACUGAAGGAGAGAAUUCUUGAAUAUUUUAGCUGCCGUACUGCCAUAAGCUUUAUUUUAAAUCUAACCGAAUAAAAUAAAAUAAUUAUUUAUUUAUUUGAAUCGGCAAUUUCUUCUUUAAAAAUGUCCCGAUAAUAUUAAAUUAAAAAAAAUUUUAAUUAAUUUUUCUUCGGGUCUAUGAAUUAAAAUAUGACUUACGGGCCUAUGGUUAUCACAGACGCUUAAUUAUAAUAUAAUAAACUAAAUUCUUAAGUGUCACGUGUUACCAAUUGAAAUUAAUUUUUUUUUUUUUUUUGUGUCAUCUGUGAGAAUUAUAAUCUUAUUAUAUGAAAAUGUGUCUAAUAUAAAUAUAAAUGACAACUAAAUAUUCACGAACAUUUUUUCGUAAUAAAACCACAGAGUGGAUAUAAGACAAUACUUAUACGAACGCUGAAAAUAUAGCGGGGUAUCAAAUUUUGCAAUUUUUAAUAAAUUUUUACUGCAAAUUAUUAAUCUAGUUUAUUAUGCAUUAAAUAUAAUAUUAUGUACAAUAAACUAAGUUUAUUAAUUUUACACAUUAUUAUCCAUAAUUUAUUUUUUAUACCGUUUAUUGUACAUUAAUAUCGGCUUUAUACUUUAUGUGAUUUUAACUUAAUUUUUCAAUUAAUUUGUAUAAUUUAAUUAAAAUUAUUUAUUAAAUCGUAUUGUGUGUGCAUUAUGCCAUUUUAGAGAUCUCACAAUAAUAAUAAAUUAGAUUCUACUUAUAUAACAAACUAUAUUUAUAAGACAUUUGAAUUUGUGAGUAUUUCACGUUAUUUUUAUAUGAUGGGUACUCUGUAGAUAAAAUAUUGUUAAUACUUAAAAAUUUAACGGAGGUCCAUUAACGUAAUUAGUGGUAAAAAAAAAAAUGUAGUAUUUUUUUUCAAUAACAAUUUUAAUAUUAAAUGUUGACAAAAAUCGUAAAUAUUUACGGCCUGUCAAAACAUGUAUAACCGAACUCUAUUCCGAAUCGUUUUUCGUUUGCAGUGGUUUAUCGUUGUUUACCGAUACAAAUUAAAUAUCACGAAAAGUGUAAUAUGUGAAACGACCGAAAUGAAUCUGAUGAGGAAUUGUGAUCAAGAAGUUUAGGAAAAAUAAAACGAUUGAAUGUAAUCUAUACGGUUUUACUGAAAUUAUCUUUAAAAUAAUAAAUAUUCUGGAAAUCUCAUAAUUGAUAAUAAUAUUUCCGAUAUUUGUCUAACACGAAUUAUCAUGUAUAAUACACAUAUAGUACUCUUAUUUUAUUUUCGCCGAUAAAUACAUAUUUGUAAUGAUUUUCCGAGAUGUAUUUAUGCUAUUAUAUUGGAGGAUUGUCGAGACGGAAGGUUAGGUUAGGUAGUCGUUUUCACGAACGGGUUAGAUACGCGUGAACGAUGAGGUUUUAUGAAACCGGAUAAUAAUUUUCAUCUAAAUCACGAUGAGAUAUGAAUUUGAUCGAACGAAUGAAACGAGACUAAUGUGAGAUCGUGUUACUUUUCCGGAACAUCCCGGCCCAUGAUUAUUAUAAUAAUACACUCCGUCAGUAUAGAUUCAUCGUAGCGUAUAUACAGCAUUGAGCGAGUAGGUGUACGUUAAUGUACACCGUAAUGAUCAUAACCUUCCUGUGUUUAAUAAUAUUUCGUACGGUGUUAUGUUAUUUUGUUGUCUACGUAUACACAUUUCGCGUGUCUAUGCGCAAUGGUCGCGGGUGCAAUUAUUGAAAACUAUAGUCCACAUUCCAAUGUACGUGCAGUGGCGUAUUUGACUUAAUAUUAUAGAGGGGACGACGACACUAAAAUUAUUAUACACAAGGUAAUACACAAGCUUAUACCUAUUCUACUCUGAAUCAUGAAGUGUUUUUAUUUUUGUGUCUGAUGACACUUUUCUAGCAAUAUUAAAUUUGCGUACAUAUUUAUACAGCAAAUACCUACACAAAUUAAUUGAUGGGGGGGGGCGAAAGCCCCCCCCCCUCAAACAUGCCGCUGUGUACGUGGAUAUAAUUAAUGUUGUUACUAAUAAACAUGUCGACGAUAAGGGAUAAGGUCUAACAAAUAAAGCUACACUUGUGCGGUUUUUCGUGACGUAUGCUACAACGCAAGGUCUCCCGCGCUCAAUGACAAUUCGUUCGUCACGCUGUGCCUUCUUUUGAUUUCGUUUUGAAUUUUGAUUAUUUGUUUUAAAAAAUAUUUGAUCAUUUGGUUAUUUGUUAUUGUUGAAAUGACUGAAACCGAAGACCAAAAUCACUUAUAAUAUCUAAAAACAAAAUAAAACAAAAUAUCUCCACCUAAUUGCAAAUCAUCUAUAAUUCCGUAAUUUCUAGUUUUUAAAUAAUUUUUAAUCCACAAUGAACGUUUCUCCCUACGUUUUUUGUUUGCACUCGCAAUAAUUAAGUAGGUCGCACUGACACCGAGAAGUAUAUUGUGUGAAUCCGACAUAUUUGUUAACAAAUUAGAAGACGACUGCUUUGUGGCGUAGCUUGUGUGAAUAGAAAAAGCAUGAAUCUAAAUCAUUCAAUAAUGGCAUGUGCUUGGAGAAAGUGGAAUUGAAUGUUGAAAGGCAAGUUAAAUUGAAAAUUGAAGAGGAAAGCGCACGAGUGUAAACAUACCUAUAGGUAUACGCGGUGAACCGCGUUGCGUUUAACUGCGUGUACAAACACUCUAAGCUAUUAUACGGCCAAAACCCUACACCAGUGUAGAACACUGCCCCCGCUUUGUUUUACCGCCACGCGAGUUUAUAUAAUAUAUUAUAUCCACCGAGAAACUACAAUAAUAAUACGCGAAAAACGUGGUAAAACUCUUGUGUAAAUAAUACAUUAUAAUCUUGUCGCCGUCGUCGUGUACCCGCACAGUAAUAAUAUUAUUAUUAUAAUACCUCUACAUGUUAGUAGCCGGUGGUAGGUAGGUAUAGCUAUAUGUCACGUCGUUUGCAUAUUUUAUGAAUAUAAUAUUAUCAUAUCUUAUUAGACACAAUGUGCGCGAUGGCGUGGUAGGGAUUUUCGAGAGACAAAGUAAAAUAACAACAACCGCGGUAAUGUGCAUUAUAAUAUAAUGUCGCCGAAGACUUUUUAAGUCGGCAUUUAAUAUAUUUGACGAUGAACAAAUGAUGGACGGCCGGGACGACCGGACGACUUUUAUUGUCUAUUGACUCCGGGGGAAAAAGAAAAAAAAAGUAAAACGUUCGGAUCACUUUUUUUUUUGUCUGUCGUGCCAUGUUGUAUCAUACUAUUUUAAUUUUUAAAUCGAUAUUAACUCAAAAUUAUAUUUCGUUAGCAAUGGUUUAUCGUAUAUAAAUAAAUAAUAUAUAAUAUAUAUUAAUGUAUAUAAAUUAAACAACUUUAUGUAUCCUAUUUUCCCAAUUUUCCGCUUACAACAGUGGCGCACCAUCAGCAGUAUUUGCUCUUUUUACGAUUAUUUACAUUAUACAAAAAAAAAAAAAAUAAUAAAUAAAUAAUGUGUAAGACAUAAAAAAAUAAAAAAUAAAAUGUACAUAAUAAAAAUGCAGAUAAAUGUAGAUAAUAAUACAGUUAAUUUUAUGUAUUUUUACAUACGAGUACAUGUUAAAAUAUUGUAUAGAAAUAAAAAAUAAUAUUGGCACGGGAAGUUUAUGUCAUAGCUGUAAAAGGAUCAAUUUCUAUAUCAUUAUAAUUGAAUACGUAUACUGUUACAGUAUACAAGUACUGAAUGUCCCUACUAAAAUAUAAGUCACAUAAUAGUCACUAUGGUAAUUAUUCCCGAUUAUAUUUUGAAAUAUACUACAUUCUCUAUAUUUGGGUUAGUUUUAGUUUUUUUCAAAUUUAUAUUCAUUUGUUGGGUAACCAGUGAUUAAUAAUUAUAAUAAAUAUAUGAUUUAUAUAAACGCGGCCGAUUAAGAUUAUUGAUCCAUAUUAUCUAUUACUAAAAUCAAAUAUGUGAGAUUAAAAAACUAUUUUUCAUUGCGAUAGACGAUAAAUAUUGUUUACUCAUACAUUCUAUCGUCGUAUAUCACAAUAUAUUAUAUUUUACUGUAAAAUGUAACCAUUUUUUUGUUUUAUCGAAUUAAGUAGGUACAGUUAUUAGUUAAUUGCCAUUAACUAAUUGAAUAAAAACGAGUAUAUUAAAAUUAAUUAAAUUUGUUAUGAUAUUUCUUCACUCUAUUCUAUACACCAUUGUCUGCUCAAAUUGUUGUCGUCACAUUUUUCCUACGCCAACCGUUAUUCAAUUUACGCGUCUAUAUUUACUCCUAACAAUCAUUGAUCAUUCUGUCUAUAAACUAUCUCACCUUAGGGUUUUUUUUUCUACGCAAAACUUUUCUACCAGCAAUUUUGAUCCAACUUUUAAUGAUAGCAAUGUUUCUAAAAGGAAAUUUCACUAGCGAAGAACUUUAAAGAGGUCAUUUUUUGAUUUUUCCAAGAGUUUCCCAGCAAAUGUUAAAAACCGGAUUAAAACACGGAAAACCAGGAAAAACAUUAAACAAAUUGUAUUAAAGAAAACAUAUAAAGCCUAUUUAAUUAUUUUACUAUAAAAUUGCAUAUAUAUUGUUAAUAAAGCAUCACUAUCAACUGAACUCCGCUCAGAAUCGUUUUUUCGUAAGCAAUGGUUUAUCGGUGCUUACAUAUAUAUAUAUAUAUUAAAUUUUCAUCUAUGUUCUACCUUCCCAACUUCUCACCAACAUCAGUGGCUGUACCCAUCCCCACUAUCUUACCUUUCUUUUUAAUAUUAUUAUUAUGAUUAUUAUACUUGUAUAUUAAUAUAGGUCCUUACUUUUAAUUCGUAAUUUAUAGCAAAUAUAUAUAUUUUUUAGUUUAUAAUCCGCAGUUAUAUAAAUAAAUAGCUGUUUUACCGAAACUUCGGCCGUGGGCAGUUUUGUAACCUAAAUUUUUAUAUUUCGAGAGGAGGAAUUGUUUGAAAAAAUAAUAGCUAAAAAAACUACUUAAAUAAUUUUGAAUAGGUAAUUUUUUAUUAUAUAAUUUUAUAACUGUUGCCCGUGACUUCGAGUUUUUACUGAUUAGAUUCUGAACACACUGAGGAAUGCAUUGAUUUUACAAUGAUAUCUAUUUUUUAAAUUUUUUUUUUUUAACCCGGCUGGAAUCGUUUUUCAUUAGCAAUGAUUAAUCUUUACGUACAGAUAUACAUUAAAUUUCCCCUCUAUAUUCUCCUAACUUUUUACCUACAACAAUGGCUCACACAUUAUGUGAAGUAUGUCCGUUUGUUUUUGUUAUUAAUUUAAAAAUUAUUUUUUCAGCCCCGAAAGAAAAUGACAGUCGUCAUUGAGCAAGGUACAUUAGAAGGUCUUCACUACAAAACGUGUGUAUCAAAAAAACCUUACGUUAGUUUUCUUGGCAUACCUUACGCUAAACCACCUAUUGGUGAUUUAAGAUUCAAGGUGAGAAAUAUUUUUAAUUUAUUAUAAAAAUAGUUAAUUCGAAUUACCUAAGCAAAAAAUGACUAUAAAGAAGUGAUUAACUUCACUAGUUAAUCAUACUUACAUAUUAAUAUCACAUUAAAGUACCUAUUUUUAAAUUAUAAUUAAGUACUUACUAAUUUUUUAAUAUCAUGAACUACUUAUAAUACCUAUCUUAACUUUUAUUUUUUAUUAGCCUCCUGUCAAACAUCCUGGGUGGUCUGGCGUUUUAAAAGCUUUUUCAGAAGGGAACGCCUGUUUACAAUAUGAUGUUUUAUUUACAAAAAAAAUUGUCGGAAGUGAAGAUUGCUUAUACUUAAACAUAUUUAUACCACAGGUUGUAACAUAAGAUUAUUUAAGAUGUGGUAGUUGCCAAUAUUAAUUUUUUUUUGUGCCUCUCCAAAGGACGAAGUGUUGUCGGAUGAAAAAAAAUCUGUCAUGGUGUUUAUACAUGGAGGGGCGUUCAAUCUUGGGUCUGCCUCGACAGAUUUAUACUGCCCCGAUUACUUGCUUGAUGAAAAUGUAAUUGUAGUCUCAAUGAACUACCGUUUGAAUGUUUUAGGUGAGUUUGUUUUAUUCUAAAAAAAACAAUCUUACACAAUUAUAAUCUAUUAAUGUUUUAUUUUAUAAACAGUAAUACGGACCGAGGUCCUUUAAAAUAAUAUAGUUAUAAGUGAACAUUUAGACAAAAAAUAGUUUAAAAUAAUUACAAACAGAAAAUAUUGUGACAAACUACAUACAAUGAAGUUAAUAUACAUUUUACUCAUUUUACUAUUAUACAUCAAUAUAUCUUAAGAAGAACAUAGAUGAUAAUAUGUAGUCAGUUAGAGUGGUCCUUAUAAUGUUCAAUAUUGAAAUUUUUCGGUCAAUCAUCCUAAAUUAGUUUCGAUAUACAUACAAAUUAAGUAUAUCUAAUUCAAAGUAUUCGGUGAGGUUUUUUCUGUGCCCUAAAGUGUCCAGAGUCCAAAAAUAAAUUUUUUUCAAAACAUCAUUUUUUUUUUUUUUUUAAAUUUGUUAAUUUAUUAAAGUUACAUUGUCACUUUUACUUCGUACAAUAUAAUUUAAACAAUGUAUAGAAACAUUUAUACAAUGACGAAGCUACCGUAGGGCAAACGAGGUAGUCGCUUCGGAAUAUACCGUCUUUUGCGGGCUUUCAUGUACGACUGAAAAUUGUCUGCAAGUAUUUGGUGGACGAAUUUUGGACUGAGAUUCGUGUACCAAUGCAGUGACAAACUGAAAAAGCAGAUAAUAUUAAAAUCAUUGAUUAAAUAUAGGUAGUACAUUUAAUAUUAAAUAAUUACUAUACAAAUUAUUUCAUAAUUUUAUAAAAACGUGAUAGAUAUAAAUAAAAAAAAAUACAAAUAUAUAUAUAUAUAUAUAUACCUUGACAGAGUAAUUAUUUUUAUCACAAAUCAUCAAUUCUUUCGAAAGAUUUAAAGUGAAUUCUUUUUCUGUUUUUUUUUUUUUUUUAUCAUUGUGAAAUUCUUUAAGCUUUAUUUAAAAAUCAUUUUUAAUUUUUACCGAUUCGGUCCGUAGCGAGGGAUCUAUUGGUUUUACUAUGAUGUAUGCUUUUUUUCUACCAGAAAUCUUGCUAUGUAUAGAGUGUAGCAUCUUUCGUGAAAGGAAAUGUUGUCAAGUUGCAUUGUCAUUUUUUGAUUUCCUUAGUUUUCAUAAUAAUUGAAAAUUAUCGAAAUCCGAAAUCUUAUAGGGAAAACGGUAAAUAUUUACAACGCGUCGUAGUGUUACCAAUUUCAUUGUUUUUAAUUUUGGAAAACUAUGUUUUUUACCAGAAAUAUUGCUCCUACCAAAAAAUGACGAGAGAUCGAUUUUAUUUCAUUUAAUAUCUAGUCACUGACAGAAAGAUUCAUUUUUUGAUAUCCAAAGGAGUUUUUAUAAUAAUUGCGAAAAACUAAAACGACGAAAAAUAAGAUUUCUCCAUUUAUUACACAACAAUUUUGUUAUUUGAAAUUGUUAAGAUUAUACUUUUUUACCAAAAAUAUUUUUCUAAAUUUCAAUUAAAUCAUAUUUUCAAAAAAAAAUUUUUUUCAAGUUUGUGAGUAAGAAAGUCGUUCGAUUUUCCGUACAGUUUUCCUGAUAAUUACGAAAAACCGGGGAAAAACAUAAAAAAUCAAAGGCAAAGUGUACAACAUUUAGGUGUAUUGUUACUAAUCGGUCAUAAAUUAUUGUAGAAACCUGUAGAUUUUAUAAAAUACGUAUAUUAGCAUUUUGCAAAUGUCGUCAAAGUUUUGAAACAUUCCAACUAUUUUUAGAUAUUUUCGUGUUUUUAUGUGUAUUUUUAUUUGGUAUGUAUCUGUUAUUAAAAUCACAUGACUUAAGAGAAAUGUUUGAAAAUUUAACACAAGGUACAUUAUAAGUUGUACUUAAUGGUCUAAAAAACAAAUUUGAGUUUAAUUAUUAGCAUUAUAUUUUUUUAUUAAGAUUAAAUAUUGACGGAAAUCGUAAAAAUUACGAUAUUUUAAAAUAUUUCUUACCAAAUUUCGCUCCGAAUCGUUUUUUGUUAGCAAUGGUAUAUCGUUGCAAACAGAUAUUAAUUAAACAAUUAUCUAACCUACCUUUCCAACUUCCCACCUGUAACAGUAGCUGCUCCCGUCCCCAAUAUUAGCUCUUUUAUUUAUUUAAAUUAUAUCUCGUUCUUAUAACAUGUUUUAAUACGCUUGCCAAUUAUACAAACAUUCUAAUUUGUCAAUGAAUAGUGGAAUAUUUUUGAUUGGUAUUUUGGGAUAAAGCCCAUACUUUAUCCCAAAAUACCUGCUAUUGUUUCUAUGUAACUAUGAUUAUGUAGAUACGUGUAAUAAUAAAUGAUUAAUAUUUGAUUCAACAACUGAAUUUUAUUGCAAUUUAAAAUAAAAUAGGUCUAAUAGUUAUUCAAUAUUUACUAUCAGAGGUAAUUAACUAAUAAAUCUUAUAAAGUAAAAAUAUAUUAAAUAAAACUUAAAUUAAAUAUGAUUAUUUCAAUAAAAACUUGGUUUUAAAUUCUGAGGGCAUUGGGCACGAGUCAAACUUAACCAAUUGUUUAUUACGUUUUAUUAAUGUUUUAUAUUAUAGUAUUUGUAUACACAUUAUAAUAAACUUAGGGGAUCACAUUACUUAUAUAAUAAGGAAUUCCCUAAUGUCUGUACAAUAUAUAUAUUUUAGGAUUCUUAAACUUUGGUAUUGACGAAUGUCCCGGUAAUAUGGGUUUGAAAGAUCAACUGUUUGCACUUAAAUGGGUAAAAGCAAAUAUAUCUGUAUUUGGAGGUGAUCCUGAUAAUAUUACUAUUUUUGGAGAAAGUGCAGGAUCAGCAUCUGUCCAUUGUCAUCUACUAUCGCCAUUAUCUAAAGGUUAGUUACGUAUUUAAAAUUUUAUAUGUUUUAUUAAAAUAAUAUAUUAUGUUCUUAUUAUUCUUAUAACACUAUUUAUUAAUAUCAGUAAAAAUAAAAUCAUUAUUAACAUAAAACAUGCACUGCAUAGGUUAUAUAGGAUGGUAAGUUAGAGGCUAUGCAUGUUUUUUCUUGGUCGCUAUUUGAUAAAAAAAAUUAAGCUGCAAAUAUAGGUCAUAAGCUUUAAAAUUUAAAUAUAAAUAUUAUUUUUUGGAUAUUUUGACGGUAUUCAACAACAUAUUAUAUUUGACUUUUUUGUACAUAUUUCAUGUAUUUUAGACUAACAAAUAUUUUUUUUUUCUUAAAUCUUAGCCAUUCAAUAACUUUCAUUUUCACAUUUGAUAUCGUUUUGCUUACCACGAGGAUGCUCUUAGCUUCUUUACACAAUCAUUCAUACUCUAUCCAAUAUGAUUUCCUCCUGUUUUUCUGUCAUAGCUUAAAUUGGUUUUCCUUAGUCACUCUAUAUAACUGAACUUCCUCAUCCCAUCACAAAGUUUUCUUGCUCUAUCGUAUACAUACAACACGAUUCUAUUUUCAAAUAUUUUAUAAAUUGUUUUUAUUUUUUUUCUUAAUUUCCACCACCUACUCCUUUCUUUUAUUGUUGUAUUCAUUGUUUGUACACUAUCUUUCCACUCUCGUUCCUUCCCUCAGGCCUCAUUCAACUACUUCAAUAUUCCUCUCAUUUGAUUUACCUACGCACAUCCGAGAUAAGAUAAUCCGCCUAAACCUUAUUUAGGACUCUUUAUUUACUAAUUUAUUUAUAACAUGGUUUAGGCCUACAAGUUUGGUAUAAUAUAUAUAUAUAUAUAUAUAAUAUUUGGUUCGAAAAAGAGCAAAAUGCUGGUUUAAGGAUACAAAAAAUAUAAGAACAAAAGAGAUAGGGUUUUUAUUGGAAAUAGACAUAAAGUGGAUACUUAUUUAAUUGAGUUUAGAGUUAGUAAAGUGGAAAGAAAGUGGAAUAAUUUUAAUUAAACGAGUAAUACAAGAAAGAAUAUAAAAAUUAUGUUUAAAAAGUAAAAACGGGCAAACAAUGUUGUUGAAGAGGAGUUUCUACAAGAAGCUAAUAUUGGCAGAAAGUCUGCGGUUGACUGAGCUUACUAAAUUCAGUUUUUGAAGGAUGGAUCAUGACAUGUGGUGGGUACUCAAUUUUAAGAAGAAAGCUGCAUGUUUAAGAAAUUUGCGCUGUACUUAUUCUAAUUACCUGCAGACCACCUCAGUAUGAGAAUCUCAGAAUACAGAGCUAUGUUCAAUAAUUGGAACGAAGGCACAGUAGAGGACUUUAAAAGAACGUCUAUAUUUCAAUUGAAAUUUAGUAAUAAUCCCUCAAUUAUUUGCAACCGGCUCAUUAUUACCAAAUUUUGAGACUAAAGUUUUAGAAAUUGUAUUGACAAUUAAUUAUAUUUUAUAAUUAUAUUUUUUUAACUGUAGGAUCAUUUCAAAGAGCUAUCAUGCAAAGUGGAUGUAUUUUUAAUCCGUGGGCUUUCCAUGAAAAACAUAAAGAAGUGGCCUUUAAAAUGGCUAAAAAACUUGGGUGUAAAAAAGAUGACCCUAAAGAAAUAGUGCAAUUCCUACUCAGUGUUCCUGCUCAUGAUUUAGUUGAAUAUUCCAAGCUAAAGAGUAAAUUUGAAGUAUGUAUACUAAAAUAAAUCUUUUUUUUGUAUAGUGAUAUUACACUCUAAACACGAUAGUAAAAAAAAAAAAUAUACCUACUUUAAGAAAAACUUUCAUCUCUAAUCAUUUAUCAAUAUUAAAUGUAAUAUGUUCUAUAGAACACUUUAUCUCAAUAAUACCAAAAAUAUAUAUUACUAACCAAGUACCUACUACUAAUGUUAAAUAGCUAUAAACUUAAAUGCUUUACUUACAUUAUACAUUCUUUUUCUUAUAUAAUUUCAUAUAAAUAUCUACUGACUACUAAUAUUUAACAAUUUAAAAUUUGAAUAAUUAUAAUUAUAAAUAUUGUAUUGAUAUGGAAUAUGAAUAUGUACUUAUGUGGUAAUAAUUGAAAUUUUAUCAUAAAACUGCAUGAAUUGAUUUCAGUAAGUACCAAUGUAGGUAUGGGCAAAUAAAACCAAAAGAAAAUUAUUAUUUUUAAAAAUUGAUAUAUUUUUUUAACUGUAUAACACUUAAAUGGUGAUAUUGUAUAAUUAGUUAAUACAUUUAUAUUUAUUUUCAGAAAGAUGAGGAUAUGGAAGUUUUAAAUUACGAGUUUGUUCCAUCUGUUGAGAGUGAUGAAGUCAUUGAAAAUUUUUUCCCCGCUCAUCCUAAUGUUUUAAUUAAAUCAAUAUUUCCAGUACCCAUCAUCACUGGACUUAAUAAUAUGGAAGGACUGAUAGGAUUUGGAGGUAAAUUAUUUUUAAAUUAAAUUAUCAAAUAAAUGGCUAAUUGUAUUAAAAUACAAGACAACUAAGGACAUACAUGGAAUUUUACAAAAUCCUUAACCUUGUCUUAUAAUAUUAUGUAGGUACUAUCAAAUUUAUUUCAUGUACUAUUUUUAAAUACCUUAUAAAUAAAUAUAUCGGAGAUACAAAGUAAAUAAAGGCGUUUUAGUUUCAUUCGUAUUGUAUAUCAAAAUUUAUUAAAUACUUUUUGAUUUUUAAUGCUUGCAAUCUGUGUUCCAAAUUAAAUAUUUUUAAUUCAUAACUGUAUUUUUCCAUAAAUUAAAAAUUUAAAAACGAAAAUAACUUUUUUGUUUACCUACAACAAAUAGAUUAUAAUUUAUUUUUAGAAGAAAGAGUGAAAGAUAUAAAUGAUUUUAAAAAGACUGAAGAAAUCAGUAAACUAUUAGAGAACAAAUAUAAUGAAGAAGUUAUUAAUAAAAUAAAGAAUUUUUAUUUCAAUGACAAUGCCCAUGAAAGUGAAAAAAAUAUGCUGGAAAAUAUAUGUCACGUAUGUAUAUAUUUACUUGUUUUAAUAUUUUAUAUUGACUUAAAAUAACAGUUAAAUAAUAUAAGUUAUUUAUUUAUAUAAUAGAAUGUAUUAGAUGCAUUAUAAUAAAUUUGUCCUUUAUCUCUUUUCCCAACGUUUUUUAAAAAUGUAUUACAUUUAUAUUUUAUAUUAUAAAAUGUAUGCAUACUUAAAGUAAACUCACUAGGUAUUUGGUAAAUAUAGUUAUUAAAAUAAAUAAGACUAUAUAUUAUAUUAUGUAUAAAUAAUUCACUGUUAUUUUAAUUUAUUAAACAUGAUCAAGUUCACUUUGAAAACUAUUAAUUAGAAUGUGAGCUAGUUCAUAUUUAAUUUUUGGAAUUUGAAUUUCGACAAGUUGAUUUUUAAAAAAAAUGUUCUUAUUACUGAUCAAUGAAGUAUACUUUAGACUAUAGAUAUAUAUUUACAUUUUUUUUUUUUUCAGAUGUUCAGUGACAUAUUUUUUGUUAAAGAGUUUCAUCGUGGAUUUAAUCAACUUCUCAAACAAAGUGUUACACCAGUUUACAAUUAUGAAUUUAAAUUUGAUGGAGAUAUUAAUAUUUUUAAAAAACUGCUCUGUUUCACUAGGCCAAAGUUUCUAUCAUUAAAAGGUAAUAAUUAAUUGACUAUUAUUUUAGACACUAGUUCAGGUUAAGGAUCCCAAUAAUUAAAACAUGCCUAACACUGUUUUGUAUCAAGAAUUGAAAUAAAAAGC